CCCAUUUAUUCCUCACCAAAGAGAAAAAAGAAACAUCUGUUUCAGACCGUUUGUGGGUGGUUUCCUCCUUCCCUCCCUCACGAAACAUUCCUUCUUUUCCGCCACCAUCCACCACCCACAACCACCGCCGCAACAGUACAACCCCUACCUUUAUACAAUCUCAGAAGAACACAAAAACUAAACUCCAACAACAUAAAUAUUCAAUUACUCACAUGGAUCUGCUCUCUUCUUCCUCUGCUACUCACCUUAUCACCUUCUUUCUUGCUUUAUCAUUUCUCUCCAAAGGUGUUUUCGGAGCUACAUUCUCAUUUGUCAACAAAUGUGAUUACACAGUAUGGCCAGGUAUACUCGCCAAUGCCGGAAGUCCAGCACUCGACACCACCGGUUUUGAGCUCCCGGAAGAAAGCUCUCGUACAUUCCAAGCUCCGACCGGCUGGUCCGGCCGCUUCUGGGGCAGAACCAACUGCAAAUUCGACAGAUCCGGCUCCGGUACAUGCCAAACCGCCGACUGCGGUUCUGGUCAGGUGGAAUGCAACGGAGCAGGAGCAGCUCCGCCGGCAACACUAGCGGAGUUCACACUCGGUUCAGGCGGGGCAGACUUUUACGACGUCAGCUUAGUAGACGGCUACAACAUAGCAAUGAUAGUCGAAGCUUCCGGCGGCUCAGGUCUCUGUGCAACCACCGGGUGCGUCAAUGACUUAAACCAGCAGUGCCCGAGUGAGCUGCGGGUGGAGUCAGGUCAAGGAUGUAAGAGCGCGUGUGAAGCGUUUGGUAGCCAGGAGUACUGUUGCAGCGGCGCGUAUAAUACACCCGCCACCUGUAAACCGUCGGUGUAUUCCGAGAUGUUUAAGUCUGCUUGCCCUAGAUCGUAUAGCUACGCUUAUGAUGAUCCCACCAGCACCUUCACUUGCACUGGGGCAGAUUAUACGGUGACGUUUUGUCCUUCCAUGCCAAGUCAAAAAUCUUCACGCGACACUUCUCCGGCAACCACCACCACCGAUGGUAAUACCGAUACCAACACUAACACCAACGCUACCCCAGGCGGCGGUGGUGAAGAUUCGUUUUCCGGGUCAGGUGUAGAAUCUGGAAACGGAGACGGUUCAACGGGUGGGUCUGAGUCUUUGUCUGGGUCAGGAUCCGGGUCAGGGUCCGGGUCCGAAGCUCUUGAGGCUAAUGGAUCAUGGUUGGCUGGUUUAGCCAUGGGUAGUGGUUCAAUAAGGGUUCAGCCUUUUGCUCUAGGAAAACAUGGGGAAUUUUUCUUUUGGCAGCUCCUUUUCCAGAGCAAAUCUGACGCACUCCAGAGUGGCAUAAUGAGUUAUUCAUCAAAAUAUCACAUAUUAGGAUAA